AUGUCGGAGCGAACACCGGCUCUCCUGCUGCUCCUGCUGGUCCUGCUGGUUGUGUGGUCGCGGCUCACAGCUGAGGCGGUGGUCUGCCGGGUCUCCGCGGAAUGCUCCCUGCCGUGCCCCUUCGACCCAGGCUCGGACGUGCUGAUCCACUGGCUGAAGCCCCCGGAGGACCCCAGUUAUCCCGUUCACUCCUUCUACAACAGCCAUGACCAGCUGAGCCGCCAGAAAGAGCGCUUCAGGGGCCGCACGAAGCUCGAUCCACAGCAGCUCCCACACGGAGACGCCACGCUGCACAUCUCCGGCAUCGUACCUGACGACGCUGGAAAAUACAAGUGCUACGCCUCCACCACUAGGGGCAGCGGCGAGCAGAUCGUGUCUGUGGACGUGCAAGCUCCUGUCAGUCACGUUGCCAUGGAGACAGAUGGGUCCACUCUGAGGUGUGUGUCCAACAGCAUCGUCCCCAAACCCUCUGUGUCCUGGACUGAGCAGAACCAGACUGAGCAGGACCAGGCUGAGCAGAACCAUACUGAGGUGUAUUCUGAGGAGGGCGGGGUGUGGGGCGUGGUCAGCUCGGUGCCUCUGCCUCUCUCUUCUUCGUAUAAACUCAGCUGCAACGUGAGCACGGCCCACAGCUGGAGGAGCGCCACCUACAGGAGACGAGAUCCAGUCUGGUCUCGACCAGGGACUGGUCCUCAGACUCUCUUUUGUCUGGACUCUCUCAGCCCCCACCACACACUACUGUGGACCUUUAACCAGAGUCAGACCAUCCUGAACUGGACUGGAGCGGACCCGGACUUUGGUGGGGACUGGAGCAGCAGAGUGCAGCUGGGACCGGGUUCAAACCUGGUCUUGAAAGGUCCGAACUGGGAGAAAGGACUUUACUCCUGUAUCGUCACCACAGACCGAGAGACUCAUGUGGUCAGCACCGAAGUGUUUUUGGGAGAACCACAAUCAGCAGGGAACACUGGUACUGUGGCGGUGGCGGUGGUGGUGACGGUGCUGGUGGUGCUGCUGGCGGUUGUGGUUGGGGUUUUAUUAUGGAAACAUAAAAAAUCCCAGGGCGUGCUUUAA